AUAAAUAUCUCCCGAAUGUCUAUUUCAUCAGCUCGUGUAUUCAACAAUUUAAUUUCUACCCAUAAAAAUAUAUUCUUUUUUUCAAGACCCCUUUUAAGCUCUUUACAAAUUAAAUCUUUUUCUUCAAAUUAUAGCCCAAUAAUUACAAAAAGAUCUUUGCUUUCCACAAGAUUUUGUAGUAAGAACAAAACCCAACAAGUGUUUGGCUUAAGAUCAAUUCAAUCCAUGGCUACUCAAUCCAAGCAAUCAGUUUAUGACUUCAGUGUUAAGGACGCGAAGGGCCAAGAUGUGGAUCUUAGCAAGUUUAGGGGAAAGGUCUUGUUGAUUGUUAAUGUUGCAUCACAGUGCGGCUUUACAAACUCUAACUACCCCGAGCUAACUACCUUGUACCAGAGGUACAAAGAUCAAGGUCUUGAGAUUCUUGCUUUUCCAUCCAAUCAGUUUAAUGGACAAGAACCAGGAACGAAUGAAGAAAUUCAGGAGUUUGUUUGCACUCGCUUUAAGGCCGAGUAUCCUGUCUUUGGCAAGAUUGAUGUGAAUGGCAAAGCCGCCGACCCCUUGUACACUUUUCUGAGGUCGAGCAAAGGAGGGAUUCUUGGUGACAGUAUCAAGUGGAACUUCACAAAAUUUCUUGUCGAUAGAGAAGGAAAGGUUGUUGAUCGCUAUGCUCCAACCACCACUCCUCUUAGCAUUGAGAAGGAUAUAAAAAAGCUGCUUGGCGUUGCGUAAGUACCUACCCUGCCCCGUCAUGCGUGAUUCUCCAAUUUUAGCAAUAAAUAAGCAUCAAUAUGAAUAUGAUGAUCGUACCUUAAAUUUUUGCGUGAUGUAAUUCUAAACUUACAAGGCCCGGGAACGUAUUCACCGCCGUAUGGCUGACCGGCGAUUACUAGCGAUUCCGGCUUCAUAACUUUUUCAUGUUAUGCAACUUGUGUAAAAGCAAAGUGUUAAUGAAUAAAAUAACCUUUUACAUGUA